AUGAUCUGCUUUUCAGAUCACGCCGUCCAGUCCAUCUUUGGUUGCUGCUGCUGCUGCUCCUUGCGGAAGCGACAGGUACGAACACAGGUGAGCUUGGACCAAGAGGAGGAGCUCCCGCGGAGCUUCACUCCGCCUCGCAGGCCGUGGUUGGGCAGACUGUUGGAUAAGAAGCAAUCCAACAGGGGCCGCGUGCAUCCCUCAUCCCGCAAGCCACUGCCUCCCCUGCCAGAGCUGGCCCAGGAGAAGAUCUGGGUCAAGGCUCUCUACGAUUUCCUGCCCCAGGAGCCCCGUAACUUAGCGCUCAAGAGAGCCGAGGAGUACCUGGUACUGGAGAGGCUAGAUGCGCACUGGUGGAAGGCCAGAGACCGGCUGGGGAAUGAAGGCUUAAUCCCAAGCAACUAUGUGACUGAAAACAAACUCACCAAUUUAGAGAUCUAUGAGUGGUACCAUGGAAACAUUACCCGAAACCAAGCAGAACGUCUGUUGAGGCAAGAGGCUAAAGAGGGCGCAUUUAUCGUCAGAGACUCAAGACAUUUGGGAUCCUACACAAUUUCUGUGUUCGCAAGAGCUAGAAGAAAUACAGAGGCUGCAAUAAAACAUUAUCAGAUUAAAAGGAAUGACUCGGGACAGUGGUAUGUGGCUGAAAGACACCUCUUCCCAUCAGUCCCCGAGUUGAUCAGAUAUCACCAGUAUAAUGCAGCUGGUCUCAUGUCUCGUCUCCGCUAUCCCGUUGGGCUGCUGGGCAGUUUACCAGCCACGGCUGGUUUUAGCUAUGAAAAAUGGGAGAUCGAUCCAUCGGAGUUGACUUUUGUCGAGGUGAUCGGAAGCGGUCAGUUUGGGGUGGUCCACUUAGGAAAAUGGCGAGCCCAUGUCCAGGUAGCCAUCAAGGCCAUCAACAAUGGUGCCAUGUCGGAAGAGGACUUCAUUGAAGAGGCCAAAGUGAUGAUGGCGCUGUCGCACUCCAGGCUCGUGCAGCUCUACGGCGUGUCCCUCCGGCAGAAGCCGCUCUGCAUAGUGACCGAGUUCGUGGAGCGAGGCUGCCUGCUCCACUACCUGAGGGCCCGCAAAGGCGCGCUCGGGCCCGCCGCGCUCCUGGCCAUGUGCCAGGACGCAUGUGAAGGGAUGGCCUAUCUGGAGCGGAACUGCUUCAUCCAUCGAGACCUGGCAGCAAGGAAUUGUCUGGUCAGCUCUGCGUGCAUAGUGAAGAUUUCAGACUUUGGAAUGACCAGGUACGUGUUGGAUGAUGAAUACAUCAGUUCUUCUGGAGCCAAGUUCCCAAUCAAGUGGUCUCCCCCUGAAGUUUUUCAUUUCAACAAGUACAGCAGUAAGUCCGACGUCUGGUCAUUUGGAGUUUUAAUGUGGGAAGUUUUUACAGAAGGAAAAAUCCCUUUCGAAAAUAAGUCAAAUCUGCAAGUCGUGGAAGCCAUUUCUAACGGCCUCCGGCUCUAUCGCCCUCGCCUGGCACCUAUGGCCAUCUAUGAAGUUAUGUACAGCUGCUGGCACGAGAAUCCCAAAGGCCGUCCAACGUUUGCUGAACUGCUGUGGGCUCUCACAGAGAUGGCAGAAACCUGGUGACCCGAAAUGGAAUGCCAAGCCUGAGGGUCGUCUUGUAAACUGUCCCAGGAGGAAAUUAUGGGUAGCGUCACUGAUGAGGAACCUCUUCCUUCAGAGUUGAUGAUUCUUGGAAGAUCGUGGGCUUUUCAGAGUGUUUGACAUUUCAGGCUAUUCUGUUAAUAGUUUUCUGCAUGUGUGAGAGGGACUUCAAAACUCAUAUGUUUCUGAAAUCCCCUUCACAUGCCAUAUAUGACAGAAAAAUUUUCCAUGGAAUCCUUCCCAGUGGCUAUAACCCUCAGAACCCUCAAGGAUACAGGAAAGCCUUCUGCUCAUGAAUAACAUCAUGGAAAUUUCUUCCCCAAGGAGGACCGACAUUCCUCUCUUCAGUGGUCCCUGAAAAGGAGAUAAAAUUAGAUUCUGCCAACUUGUAGAAUAAAAGGGACACCCCCUGCAGAAUUUCAUGCUUUCAGGCUAUAUAGAUUAUUGUAGAAACAUACCUUUAGGAACCAAUGGGAAUGUUCUGGAAACGCCUUCUAUAAUCUUUCCAUAUGUUAUUUAAUACAUUCUUUUUGUUUAUA